AUGAACGAACACGAAACGAUAAUAUCCUCAUACUUAUAUCCGAUUCAUGUACCGACACAUUCCCAUGAUUCAGCCAAAUCUAAGAAAAGUAGGCUCACACAUCUUACUCAUCAUCCAUACACUAAGAAAUUCGAAUAUUGGUGUGUAUUAAGGCGGAAUCAAUUCAGUUAUUAUAAAGGUGCUGAUGAAAGGGAGGCUGUUUUUGUCAUACCGAGAAAUCAUCUCUUAAAUUAUAAGAUAUUUUGGGAAAAAUUGGAAUUGAGUUUGUAUACUGUUGAUACGACUUUGACAUUCAAGUUUCCUGAUCGUAAUGUUGGUAAGAAAUGGGAUGUUGCAUGGAAGGAAUUCUUUAAGGAUAUCGUUCCGAGCAAAGUAUCAAUGGAGAGGCAGGAGGAAUGGAAUACGGGCCAAGAAAAUCUUGCUUCUAUUUCAUCAUCAUCAUCUUCUUCUGACGAUACUGUCGACACACAUAUUGAUGGAGAAGAAAGAGAAGAAAUCGAUCAGCAACGAAAAUGUUGCGUAAAAAAAAGCAAGGAAGAAUGUGAAAAAGUGACACCUGAAGAUGAUACGUUAUUUUAUAAGACAUUUGAUCCUAGGUUAAAAGAACAUAUAAUACAAAAAGGUAUAUUGAAUGUGAAGACAAAGAAGGCCGUUCGUGUUCAGGUGGCGCCUGUUAGGUUUCAUUCAAACAAGUGGAAAAGAUUCAAGGUUGAAUUAAGUAAUAGGUAUUUGAAGAUAUAUUCGGUGAAAAGUGGUAAACUAAAGAAGAAUGUUGAUUUAAAUAAUGUUAUUGAUUCUGUGGAACUUAAUAAUAAUAAUAAGGAUGAAACAAAUUAUGUAUUGGACACAUGUUUUGCUGUAAUUACAAUUAAUGAAAGAAUAAAAUUCAAGGCAAAUAAUGAAAAAGAGAUGAUCGACUGGAUUAUCUCGCUCAAGAGCGGCAUAUUAAUCAGGAAGAAAAUUAUGGAUUCAUAG